AUGUCUUCAAGCUAUGGCAUACGAGGUCACAAUAUUUUUGAAUACAACCCACCCUACGCUAGUAGCCCUAGUUUAUACGAAUGCGAGGAUGACGAUGAAGAUAUUGAUGCUCAAAUUGACCCCAAUCUCUGCAACUAUACAUGUAACUAUACGCUACCAUCAGGGGAUUUGGACGGCGGACUGCCCAUCACCGCAACGCCCCAGCUAGAACAGCUUUACUAUUUCGUUUGUGGUUGUUGUGGAAGACCUAGCCCAAAGUUCAAUGACAAGAUGAUCACUUUCAAUCGUGAUGAACUGGAGCAGAGAGAGGAUUUGUUGCUUUGUUGGGAAUGUCGAAUUAAUUGCUUCCCCGGCCUGGAGAAAUGGCGCUUCAAAGAUAUAUUUCACCGCUCCCCGGGGUCGACCCUACCAUUCGACUCUAUGAUUCGAGUCCUUUCACCAAGAUCCUUCCACGGCGGGAAACGGGCUGAUUGGCAGACCCGAGAAAUACGCCCACACGAGCAUCGCAAGCAUCGUACUGCCUUCAGACGCAAGCUAAUUCCGGGCAUUCCGUAUAUUUGGCCUUUGUGGUCAGUCAAAAUUGGUCCCAAAAAGAAGGCUGGCAAAUCAACCCUAAACCAAGCCAAUGUAUCAACGGGUGGAUCAUUAGGUAAAUCUCUCGAGAAACCGAAUGAAGAAUCUCUUCACACCAAGAUUCCAACCAGUAAAAAUGCCACGGAGCCUAAAAUCAAGCCAUACAAGUGCGUUCUCUGCCUAGCAGCUUUUGCGAAGCCAUCGGACUUUGUAGACCACAUCUCACGCUAUAUGGGGCGUUAUAAGUCUACUCGAUGUACAGAGGAAGAACUUCGGGACAAUCCUCCGCCUAAGUCGAAGCGGCUCCUCCCUAGUAAUGUAUUCGCCCGCUAUGAAGAGGCAAAAGCGCAUUUUCUGAAUACAACUACCUUUGCAAAAUACCAUGGAGAUGUCACAGCAGAUGAUAUUCAAAAUUUUAUCGAACAUGAUUCUCAAGACGAUAUGCUCGAAAUAGGAUUGACAGAAUGGCGCAACCAUGGGAAGUCAGAAAUUAUUCCAGCGGAGGCUAUAGCCAUCGGUGUUGAUGAAGAACCAAUAGCGAAGCCACCCUCCUUUCGCCAUACUACUUGGCAAACCGCUUCACAACCUUGGAACCAACUCCCUGUUUAUUGA